AUGGAGAUCGUUCCGAAGCAUCUAAAGAGCCUAUCUACUGUGCUGAUUCGCUUCCCGUUCAGUGGCGGACAGCCGCGCAAGGGUGUAGAGCAUGGCCCUGAGGCCCUAGUCAAGGCUGGUCUGAAGGAGCAGCUCCAGACUCUGGGCUGGGAGGUCGAGGAGGACGCGUCGAUCUCGUGGGACUCGGUCAAUGCCCUGCUGGGCAGUGACCCGGACAUGGGCAAGAUGCGCAACCCACGCUCGGUGUCGAAGGCGAGCGAGCUGCUGGCCGCGGUUGUUGAGAAACAAUGCAAGGCCGGCAAGCUGCCGCUUACGAUUGGCGGCGACCACAGCCUCGGUACGGGCUCGAUGAUCGGCACGGCCCGCGCGUACCCUGACGUGGCGUGCAUUUGGGUCGACGCGCACGCUGACAUUAACACGCCUCUGACUACGCCCUCGGGCAACCUGCAUGGCUGCCCUGUGUCAUUCGCCCUGGCGCUCGAAGGCUGCCUUGUGGAACCGUACAAGAGCUGGAUCCCCAAUCCGUCGGUGAACAGCCCCAACCGCCUCGUGUACAUUGGACUGCGUGACAUUGACGAGGGUGAGCGCAAGAUCCUCAAGGACCUGAACAUCAAGGCCUUUAGCAUGCACCAUGUUGAUAAGUACGGCAUUGGCAAGGUCGUGGAGAUGGCUCUUGAUCACAUCAACGGCCACACGUCGCGACGGGAUCGCCCGAUCCACCUGUCAUUCGAUGUCGAUGCAAUGGAUCCCACGGUCGCGCCGAGCACUGGCACGCCUGUACGUGGUGGACUCACCUUCCGCGAGGGCCACUACAUUUGCGAGGCCAUCGCUGAGACGGGCGCGCUCGUUGCGAUGGACAUGGUCGAAGUGAACCCGGCUCUCGAGGACCAUGUGGCCGCUGAGAACACUGUGGCUGUAGGCUGCUCGUUGGUUCGCUCGGCUCUGGGCGAGACACUUCUAUGA